UUGAAAAGUCAAAACUUGCAAAUUUGUGAUUAUUAGGGUUUGUUGGUUGGAGAGAGAUUAACUGAGCCCUAAGCUCAGCUCAAAGAGAGAGAAAUAGAGAGAGAAGCCUCCAACCUAACAAACCCUAAGAUUUGUAUGACAACAAAUCAAGAAAUUCUUGGGGCAUUUAAAAAACAUAUUAUUUGGAGCUCUUAGCUUUUGUGAUUGCAAUUAUCAUCUAUAAAGGUUUCUGGGUUCUCAAAAGUUAUAUUGGAGAAGGGAGGUAGUGAAUGAAUUGAUGUUUGUUAAUAAAUGUACUGAGCGUAAUGAUAGUUCUUGUGUAUAGUGGUGGUGGUGGUUGUGUUUUUUCCUAUAAAGAGGUGCAAGAAAAUCAGCUGUGGUUGAUAAGCCGACAUGCCGAGUAAUUAUCUUUUCAGAUUAAGCCGUGCAGCUAGGCAGGGACUCCAGAAAUCUAUUUCUGGGCAAGAAAGUGGGCUCCAGGACUCAGUAGAGAUUUUGGUUGGCCAAGGGAGAUUGUUGUUGGGCAAUUCAAAGAGCUUCUAUUCCAUACCAUUUGCAAGAUCAACUGACCUAAAUGUGUUUGUGCGGCCUGGAACUUUAGCUGCCACACAGGCAAAUUUGCAUAUAGUCAACCAGAAAAAGAAUCUUUCUGUAGUUGGAUCUAUUUCUCGUGCAAUUUCUAUUCCGUCUGUAUCAGGGCCUGCAUUUCAGGUCUGUGGCUAUCACAUUGAUCGCUUGAUAUCUGAGCCUACUCAAGGUUUGUUGGACACUAAGUAUCACAAAGCACCUAUGGAGAUCUGUGGUUCAAGAAUUUUUCCGCCUGGCUGUUCCUCAAGUAAAAUGGCUUCAAGGCAUCUCAAUCCUGUUUUGGCUGUAAAUAGUCCAGUUACUUCUUAUAGCAAUAGAAGCUUUAAUUGUAGAAAAGCCAGCAUGAGUUUGAGAAAUAAAAAUCAGCCCAACAACUUCUUACUUUACGGAUACUUCGCAUACAAUGUGGCAAAGAGAAAGGGAAAUUCUAAUCUAUAUGAAGGUUUUGGAUUGACGGGGUUCCACACUUCAUCACCUGCUUGUUCCCCUGCGGGCACUGCUCCUGAUGUGUCCUUUGGUAACUCUACAUGCGAGGUGCAGCUUUCAAGUUCAGCAGAUUCUUCCGAACAGAAUAUCCACAUUGACAGAACCCUGAAGCUAAACUCAGGAUCAUGUUACCUGCCCCAUCCUGACAAAGAAGAAACAGGUGGAGAGGAUGCUCAUUUUAUUUGUGGUGAUGAACAAGCAAUUGGUGUAGCUGAUGGUGUUGGUGGUUGGGCUGAUCUUGGUGUUGAUGCUGGGCAGUAUGCACGAGAGCUCAUGUCUAACUCAGUAACUGCGAUUCAAGAUGAACCAAAACGUUCAGUGGACCCAGCCAGGGUCCUCGAUAAAGCUUAUACAUGCACAAAAGCCAAAGGUUCCUCAACUGCCUGUAUAAUCGCCCUUACAGAUCAGGGCCUGCAUGCCAUUAAUUUAGGAGACAGUGGAUUUAUGGUGGUUAGAGAUGGAUGUACUGUUUUCAGAUCCCCUGUGCAGCAGCAUGAUUUCAAUUUCACAUAUCAACUAGAGAGCGGUAACUCUGGUGACUUACCAAGCUCUGGAGAGGUGUUCAAAAUACCGGUGGCACCAGGAGAUGUUAUAAUAGCUGGUACUGAUGGGUUGUUUGACAAUUUGUACAACAAUGAUAUUACUGCAAUUGUGGUUCAUGCAACAAGAGCUGGCUUAGGGCCACAGGUGACAGCUCAAAAGAUAGCUGCUUUGGCUCGGCAAAGAGCACAGGAUAAAAACAGGCAGACUCCUUUCUCUGCUGCAGCCCAAGAAGCUGGGUUCCGUUACUAUGGCGGGAAGCUGGACGAUAUAACUGUGGUUGUCUCCUACAUAAGCAGUGACAGAAAUGAAAGAUCCAAUGGCUUACAGAUGUAGUUGAGAGCUUUCAUACUUGCUUUGAAACGCUUGGCUUGGGGGCACAUGUUUUAAGCUCCAUUUAAAGGGGAUGUCAAACCUUGCAUAAUAUCGUGUGAAUGUGUCGAAUAUCACUUUUGAUUUACUUGUUUCUUGGCAAUUUACCCCCUCUUUCAAACUUCAUGGACCUCACCCAAAAAAGGUAGAUCGCGAACCUCUCCCUCUUUCUCUCUCCCUCCCCGCUUAGGGGAAGAUCAUGAGUACUGAUCAUGUAUAUGGAAUAGGUGUUAGACAGAAAGGUGCUCCUAUGGUGCUUGAUAUAGGAAUUGUCUUUCUGGAAAUAUGUUGGUUUCCAUAGAAUGCUAGCUAGGACACAUUAACUUGCAGAAUUAAGCUUUCUUGAAUUCUUUGGAACUGAAUUCUUGUCAUCUUCCUAUUGUAAUAAUUCUUUGGACAUGAUUUUCCCACUGGCUGUAAAUAGACGAGCAUUUUCGUUUUUCCUG